AUGGCUACCUCUUCCAUUGCAGCACCGUUGCCCGAUGCUGCUCCAGCUGGUGCAUCACAACGGCCCGCAUUGAGCCCAGAGCACCAGGCAAUCGUGAAAUCCACGGUCCCGGUGCUCGCCGAGCAUGGUGUCGCCAUCACCUCGCACUUCUACAAGCGCCUACUCAACAACCACCCUGAACUGCGCAACAUCUUCAACUCUGCCCACCAAAGCACCGGCACCCAACCAGCGGCUCUGGCCCAUGCGGUCUUGGCCUACGCAGCCCACAUCGAUGACUUGGGAGUCCUCACCAGCGCCGUCUCGCGCAUCGGCAAUAAACAUGCCAGUCUGGGAAUCACACCCGAUCAGUAUCCCAUUGUAGGGGAGAACCUGCUUGCUUCGAUCAAAGAAGUGCUGGGAGAUGCAGUCGACCAACCGGUCCUGGAUGCCUGGGCAGCCGCGUAUCAACAACUCGCCGACAUUUUCAUCGAUUUUGAGCUAGAUCUUUACCAACAAAGUGAACAGACGUCAGGGGGAUGGACAGGGUGGCGCAAAUUCCGAGUGGCACGCAAAGUACCCGAAAGCGACGAGAUCAUCUCGUUCUACUUGGAGCCCGCGGAUGGAGGGCCACUCCCGCACUUCAAGUCCGGCCAGUACAUCUCGAUUAGGGUCUUCGUGCCCGAGCGCGGAGUGUACCAGCCUCGCCAGUACAGUCUAUCCGACACGGACGACGGCAAACAUUUCCGCAUCUCGGUGAAGCGCGAGGCCGCCAAGGGUGUUGCGGCUGCAGGCCUGGUGUCCAACGUGCUGCACGAGAAGCUUCCCGAGGGUGCCGAGCUGGAUGUCAGCAACCCCUAUGGCGACUUCACGCUCGACGUUGAGGCCAGCGGGCCUGUCGUUCUCAUCGCCGGCGGUGUUGGCCUCACGCCUCUGCUCUCCAUGCUGGGGACGCUCGUCGAGCACGCCCCGCAGCGACCGGUCGUCUUCGUGCACGCCGUCCGCAACGGCAAGGUCCAGGCCAUGAAGGGCUACCUUUCUCGCAUCAUCAAGGACAACCCUCAAGUCUCGCGGGCCAUCUUUUACGAAUACGUCGACGAUUCCGAACAACAGGGCGUCGACUACGACUUUGAAGGCCGUCUUGAAAUCCAAACCAUCAAAGACAAGGUCCUUCUGCCCGACGCGACUUAUUAUUUGUGCGGCCCUAUCCCGUUCAUGCAAACCCAGCAAAAGAGUCUUGAGGCCCUCGGCGUCCCCCCUGAGCGGAUUCAUUCGGAGGUGUUUGGUUCUGGUGUGCUCUAG